AACUACUCUGGUAAGGUUAUUUGAUGUCGAAAGUCUCACUCCCUCUACUCUUUCUCCGCAUAGAAACCAAGUAGUUAUGCAAGUCAUGGUUAGGUCCCAGUGUUAAACAGGUGUGUCCCAUGGCAACCACUGUCUGGCUUUAGUCUUGACUCAAACACACAAGUGUACAUAGUCUCUGUGACUCCAAAUGCCAAGAUUUCAGCAUAGCAGUUCUGUGGUUGAUCAGAUGACAAGACUCAAACUCAAACUGCUGGAGAAGGUAGAAACUGGAAAACGAAAAGCAUAAUAUGGACUACAGAGCAGAGUCUGCCCAGUCUGCAAGGAGUUAUGAUGGACAGUUGGAUCAAUUGCACCGUGCACUGAGGCGCAAGCAGGACCUACUCCAAAGACUUAGGGAGCAGCACAUGUUAGAGGAUCUCCACAGACCUCACACCUGGGGAGGGUCACAAAAACAGUACAAGUCGCAUUUCAUCACUGCCCCUCAGCCGCCUCCACCCCUCCCACUUCAGCAGCCGGCCCCUGUUCUGCCCUUCCUACCCCCUCCACCGCCUGCCCUGCCUCAGCCUCAGCCUCCACGCAUCAUCCAACAGACUCUACCCCAGCAGCCUGCUACCAUCAUACAACAGCUGCCACAACAGCAGCCUCUGAUUACUCAGAUCCCCCCACCUCAGCCCUACCCUCCACCACGCUCAGGCAGCAUCAAAGAGGACAUGGUGGAAUUGAUGCUGAUGCAAAAUGCCCAGAUGCACCAGAUCAUAAUGCACAAUAUGAUGCUGAAAGCUAUGCCUCCUAUGGCUCUGUCGCCACCUGGAGGGCCCAGUCAAUGCACCCCUCAUACUACAUAUCUUGAGCAGGACAGUUACCAGGGAAAUCCUAUUUUUGUAAGGUCAGAUGUCAAACCAAGAGGAAGUGCUAUCCAUCAUCAUCAUCACUAUGGUCCUAGCCUUGCAGCACCACAGCUGCCUCCCAUCAGCCACCCUACAUGGCUACCAGGGGUGUCAUCUGUCCCAGCAGAACAAGCAGCGGGACAUCUACCCGCCAUACACCAUGUAACAGCCCCUUUCACACUCCCACCACUUAAUGGGACUCAGAUUUCACUCUGAGAGUCCCUUGUUGUUCCUGAAUUGAAACUGCAUGGUACACAGAAAACUUGUUGGAAGCAUAGACUGUAUGGUUGGAAGUGAAGCCCUGACUGCAUGAAACCUAAAAGCAACCAAACACUUCAGAGGAGGAGGAGGAGGGGCUUACAUCGCACAUGCACUAAUGGAAUAGCAUCUAAUGGAGAAGUUGCUUAUUCUUGAAAGUUUCCAAAAUUUUAAAUAAUAAAUUCCGUUGGAAACAUCCGAAUAACAUAAACAUUUACGUGUACUCGCUAUUUAAGUUGUAGCAUAUUAACCUGACCAAAAACAUUUACCCCUAAGCUAACGUUAGUUAACUAAGUUAGACUAGUGUUAAAGUUAACCUAACUAAAUAAACCAUUGGUAAUAUCAAUCAACGUUAGGUCAAAGUUAGCACAUGUAUAUAUAACGUGUAAGGUGAAAGUUCCUUCAUAACAGCAGCUGGAAAUGGGACAAAAUUUAAAAAAAGAAAAAGAUCGACGCCCGAACAGGGACUUGAACCCUGGACCCUCAGAUUAAAAGUCUGAUGCUCUACCGACUGAGCUAUCCGGGCCCUUGUUGAGGUUGUGUUUCGGGUUGUUAUAGAAUAUAUUAUAGAAUAUUUAUAUCUAUUAUGUAUAUUCUUUCCGUCUCCAUAACAUUAGAGCGUUCUGUAUGCAACUAACGCGAGCUAGCUACCAAAAGUAGUAAGAUAGUCGUAUGCUAACUUAGGCUAACUAUACACACGUGACUGGUAACGUAACCGCUAUGUUUGAACGCACAUGUAAAAUAUAGCAGGUAAAGCGACUUUGCAAUGCAGUAGGAAUAUUCAGUCAGUCACUGUCCAUGUCAUUUUGUCGUGUUAGUUGUUUUUUUUUACGCUACACACAAAAUCAUUGCCUUGUCUUUAUUUGAUGAAUUUACAGCUGUACAAAAUGGUAUUUUACAAGAUCUAUAAAACACACAACACAGAACCUCCCAACACAGUCGCGUUUAACGUAACUUAAUGUUUAACGUAACGCACUGAAUCACUAUAUCCUUGACCAUAUUAUCAGUCUCGGGUAGAAGUGACAGUGCCUCUUUAUCACGAUUCAAAUGCAUUACAUAAAAUACAACCUUGAUUUACUACUGUCAUCAUGGCACGUCCCUUUGAUAAAUAAAAUAAAAAUAUAUACGAAAACAUAUACAUACAAAAAAGUGACACCCUCUGCAUUAACAAAUUAUUAAAGUGCAUACUUCUUUUUUUAAAGAAAUGCGGCUUAAUGACGGGGGUACAGGGGCAAGUCAUGCUGUGAUUAAGCUAAUGUGGAGGAUGUUCAUGGAACAAUAUUCUUACUGUGAGGAUGACAUACAACUCUUUAGAAGAAUGUGUGGAUGAUGGUCAUGCACUUGUGCUUGAGGGAUUUUUGUAUGGCACAGAAUUCAAUAUUACAUGCUUAAAACAGCCUUGUUUGUUUUCUGCGCCUGCGCUCUUUUGCAAGUCUGUUGAAAAAUAUUGAAUGGUUAACAAUAAAAAGCUGGGUUAAAUCAGAUGCUUGCAUACAGCAUCUCUGGUCACACAUUGCAAAAUGUUGGCCAUAUAAUUAUGUAAAUUUGAUUAAUUCAAUAUUCUGAAUGAUUGACAUAUGACAUAACCUGAUAACAUUUAUUUACACAGUGCAUGUGUGCGUGCAGAAUACCGGGCUAUGCUAUACAAUUCACUUUUAAACAAGCAUCUAUCUGUGCAAACAGAGCCAGACUCUGCGAAAAGCUUCAGAACAUUUUAGAAAUUUCACAUGAUCUUUGUAAUGCAAUAAGAAAAAAUCCCUAAGGAGUGAAAUAUGUUAUUAAAAAAUGUAAGGUGAAUUUGA